UGGACUGAAUGAAGACCGCCUGCCCCCCGCUGCCUCCCGCCUCCUCCUCCUCCUCCUCCUCGGCCUCCUCCUCCUAUCGAUGCCUCCUCACCAAAGAGCUGCUGGGGGACAGCUGCGCCAUGAACGCGGAGGCCACGCUGAGCCUGGAGACGUUGGGUCCGCUGCACGGAGGCCAUGAGCCGGAGCUGAUGGGCAGCCCCAGCCCGCACCACCACCCUUCCAGCCGCAGCGGCGCCGGCCCUUUGCGGGGUCCCGCUCCCCCUCCUCCUUCGCACCAGGAGCUCUCCUCGGCGGCUGCAGCAGCGGCAGCGGCGGCGGCGUCGCGCUCGGCGAUGGUGAGCAGUAUGGCUUCGCUGCUGGAGGGCGCGGGGGAGUUCCGUCCGGAGCUGUCCAUCCCGCUGCACCACGCCAUGAGCAUGCCGUGCGACUCCUCUCCGCCGGGCCUGGGCAUGAGCGGCACUUACACCACGCUGACGCCGCUCCAGCCCUUGCCGCCCAUCUCCACGGUCUCGGACAAGUUCCACCACCCGCACCCGGCCCACCCGCACCACCCGGCCCACCCGCACCACCACGCCGCCGCCGUGGCCGCCGCCGCGCACCACCACCACCACCACCACCACCAGCACCACCAGCGCCUCUCCAACGUCAGCGGCAGCUUCGCCCUCAUGCGCGACGAGCGCGGCCUGCCCGCCAUGAACAACCUCUACGGGCCCUACAAGGAGAUGGGCGCCGCCGCCAUGGGGCAGAGCCUCUCGCCGCUCGGGAACGGGCUGGGCCCGCUCCACCACCCGCAGCACCCCCAGCCCGGCGCCCUCCACAACUACGGCAGCCCCGGCGGGCACGACAAGAUGCUGGGGCCCAACUUCGAGGCCCACGCGGCCAUGCUGACCCGCGGAGGAGGAGGAGGAGGAGGCAACGGAGGAGGCGGAGGAGGAGUAGGAGUCGGAGGGGGGAGCGAGCAGCACCUCUCCCGGGGCCUGGCGACCCCCCCGGCCUCCAUGAUGGCCCACCUCAAUGGCAUGCACCACGCGGGACACCCCGGGGGCGGCGGCAACGGGGGCGGCGGGGGCGUGGGCCACCCUCAGGGCCACGUGGGGCCCGUGCUGGGCCGGGAGCGCCCGCCCUCCUCCUCGGCGGGGCCCCCGGGCGUCAACAACGGCGGCGGCGGGCAGCUGGAGGAGAUCAACACCAAAGAAGUGGCGCAGCGCAUCACGGCCGAGCUGAAGCGGUACAGCAUCCCGCAGGCCAUCUUCGCCCAGCGGGUCCUCUGCCGCUCUCAGGGCACCCUCUCCGACCUGCUAAGGAACCCUAAACCCUGGAGUAAACUCAAGUCCGGGAGGGAGACCUUCCGGAGGAUGUGGAAGUGGCUGCAGGAGCCCGAGUUCCAGAGGAUGUCGGCCUUGAGACUUGCUGCCUCUUGCCCUUCAAGUAUACUGGACUACAACCUUCAUCACCCUGGCGGCCAGGUUGUCAGUGAGCAAGGACACAUCUGGACAACAUCAGCAUGCAAACGCAAAGAACAAGAACCAAAUAAAGAUAGGAACAACUCCCAGAAGAAAUCUCGUCUGGUUUUCACCGAUCUCCAACGCAGAACACUUUUUGCCAUCUUCAAAGAGAACAAACGUCCAUCCAAAGAAAUGCAGAUCACCAUCUCGCAACAGCUGGGCUUGGAACUUACCACUGUCAGUAACUUCUUCAUGAAUGCGCGGAGGCGGAGUCUCGAGAAAUGGCAGGAUGAUUUGAGCACCGGGGGAUCUUCCACAACCUCCAGCACUUGUACCAAAGCAUGAUCAAAGAACCGAAUCUAAAUUGGGCACAACUCAACUAAGAUAUUUGAAAAGGAAUGGAUUCUUAAUGGGGCCCUUCACUGGUGAUUUGAAAGCACAAUUCUCUUAAACAGUAACACCAAUUUACAACAUGGGGACAUUUAAUUUAAUUUAAAAGACUACCAGUUUUUUGGGGGGGCUGUUUUAAUGUGCAGGUCAACAAUACACUCAAGGCAGACUAAGCAUGUCUCAAAUAAAAAUAGGUAAUUCAUGACCCAAGUUCAUCCAGGGCCAGCAUGGCAGAGUCAAUCAGAGCUUCUUAAAAAAUCAUUCGCUUUGAGGUCAAUGGGAUCCAUGAACAAAAUAGCACCCAGAUUAGCAGAUUAUUUAUCAAAAGAAGUCAAAACAUGUCUGACCUAUUUUGUUUUCAGACUGCUUAGAUUCUCCACACCAAAGCUCACAAACAUUGAAACAUACAGGUUCUGAGCACAAAUUUGAACUAGACCUAACAACAUAAGGUUUUUCUUUCAGAAAGUCAGGCAUUGUUACAGUAUGAUCAGUAUGAUUUGACUUAACAUGCUUGGCUUUCUUUUAAAAAAAAACCUAAUUGUCUAUUAAUGUAUGGUCUUGGAUCAGUACAAUUUGGUUCCCUUGAACCCAAACUAUCAAGCACAAAGACAAUAGACUAAGAAAACAGGACCAGCUCGGGACUCUUUGCCUGUUCUUACAAGACGUGCUCGGAGUUAGGGGGUGUUAGUGAACAUGUUGGUUUCAAGCACACUUUUGCAGGUCACAAUUUCUAUUUGUACAUAGUGCCGACACACACUCAGGAAGCCAGUCAUAAUGUUACCACACAUAGGGCAAAUGCAACACUUCUCCAGCUCUAAGUCUUUCUUUGUUACGAGGCAUCUAACUUCACUGUGUCAUCAUCAUUACCCUAAGAACACGCUUUUCUUUGCCACAUCAAUUCUGUAUUCAAGUUAGUUGGUGUUUUUAGGCAGGAGAAUAAAGCAAAUACCUUGACGAUGUCACUCACUGACCACUGGAGCACGUAGUUAGACAAAAGGCUCUCCAAGUCUUGUUCAUGGACAAAACCAUCAUCACCUCUCCCUUCAUCUAAGAAUGCAACACGCCAAAGAUAGCAGGAUACUGCAAGCCAAAGAUCAUUAUACCUUUGCCAUUCUUCUAACAUCAUUGUCUGUGUCAUCAUUGCCAUCUUUGUCCAAACAGUCAGGUUUGAGAAUCCAUGUGAGUCAAAAGUACAGGUCUCUUUCAGUUCACCCUUCCAGCGAACUGAAAAAGUUCUCCACAAGUGAAGUCGCGUUGCUCACUUUCAACUGCAUUAGGGUACAGUGUUCACACACAGAGACACACACCAUCUUUCUCAUCAGAAUUGCUCUGGUCAUACAAUGUGCAUAUUUACCAGUGAAUAGCCCCCUUCCUUGGAACACCACUUGAGUGUUCAAUAGCAAGCCAAAUGCUGUUAAUGAUCCUUUAAAGACACUUGAGACUCUUUUAUGUACUACUUAAUCGAAACCAAAGAAACUUUUUUCUGCACCUACUUCUUCUGCAACAAACUGUUCCGUUUAGGGGAAAAUAAUAAAGAAAUGAAUAAUAAUUAAAAAAUAAAAUAAAACCAAAAUAAGGAAGCACGUCAGGAAAAAAAUACCAAUGAUAACACACUGUGUUUUGACAGACAUCUUGGGACAUUUUUAGGAAGCAGAGUUCAAAGAAAGGGUUAACAAGAAAGGAAAACGAAUGGAAAAGCCAACGGGAUUGCUGCUUCAUUUGACAACUCAGUAAUCUUAAAGUUGAAGAUUGUCUUUAAUUUGUGCCUAUGCAGUUUUUUCAAAAGAACAAGGAACAGAGCAACCGAGACCUCAACAGCUACAAUACCAAAGAAUGAGGAUUUCGCAUGACUUUAAGUUCAGUUCAUUAUCUCCCCUUGCACAGCUAAAAUGCUUAUAGCACCAUUGAUCUGUGUAAAGGUAAAUUGAUUCUGUUUCUUUUAAGCAACAGCAAACAAACACACAGAAGGGAUAUUUUUUCUAAGUUAUUUUCUUUUUUUCCAGUUUCUGCUCCCACAUGGAAUUUUACUAUAGAAUUCCAUGGGCUCCAAGUAUAAGAUGUUGGGAUACUAAGCUAAGCUCAGAACUGGUGUUUGAGGAAGACGCUUGCCAGUUCAGCGUCAGCUUUAUUGAAUGGGUUGUGUGUAUUUCAUGCUUUUCAAUGACAAAUCUAAGCAACGGGAGGGAAAUGUUUUGUGAAUGCAAAUGAAAUGUUUUGUUGGUUGAUAUAUGGAAUAAUCAUGUGUUUCUGAGAAACGACCCAUGCCACAUCAUCUUUAUAACCCAGGGAAUGAUUAAUUGUUUUUUUUCCCCAUCUGAUUCUCAAGAACCAGUGAUCACUGAAUUCUGACCACCCAGAUCCAUUUCUCCCCACUAGAUCUGUGCUUAUGAGAAUAGAGAAUCCUCUAAAUCUGGUGUUCAUUAUCUCCCCACCACACAUCUAUAUCUCUGUAUUGCUUUCCUGUAAACAUCUAGGUCUUAUAAAUACAAUCGUUAGACCACUUCUUCCCUAUGAAGACUGUUAAGCAACUAUGCCAAGGAAUCCAUGGGCUUGUAAAAGGAUUUUGAGAUGAGACCUUAUUGCACAUUCUCAGUUCAACCUGGCCAAGAUUGUCUUGCCUUGCUGAACUGUAAAUAUGCCCUAUAGCACACUAAAUCCCAUCUGUGCGACCACAGUUUGCAGGGAAACAUUAGCAGUGGUAAGCAAAUCAUUAUUCUUAAGAAGCAUGUUUCCAGGACUAUUGUCUUUAGAAACCCUCAAUCCAAAUUGUUCCACAAGGUCGGAACUCACUGAUCUUCCUUUAUUUCUAUAAAAAAUAAUAAUAAAAGUCUUCCUUUAUUUUUGCACCAUUUUUUAAUGUGGGAAGCUUUUCCACCAUUCACCAGAAUUCAUUCCGCGUACUUUGUUAUACUGCAGGAAAAGGAUAGUGAAGAGGAAUCACUACUAUUAAAGCCUCAGGUCUUUUAGUUACAACAACUUUGUGUUUUGCGGUGGGUCAAGUGCCCAAAUAUUUAUUUACUUAUAUAUCCCAAUAUUAAAAAACUAGAGGAACAUGUUGUGUGCACAAAUACAUAGAUGUAUAUGUACCAGUUGUACAUGGAUCCAUUUACACACACACAGAAAGAGAGAGAGAGAGAGAAAGAGAGAGAUGCAUUUACCAGCUACCCUGAACCCCAUUUUUGCCUCUUGGCUACCAAAUCCAUAUUGGAAACCAGGAACAGCUCUAAAUUGUACCUGCUAAAAUCCAGGCAUCUGGCACAUGCAACCAGCCAUGAUCAAUCUAUGCUGUUUAAAUGCUAUCUACAUGAAAUGAAGCAUUAAGCAGAAAUACUUCCCAAGUCUAUUUCACCAAUCUACAAAUGGCAGCUAACAGCUUUAGCCAGUUUAUCACUGAUAAGCAUGUACCAUACAGCUUUCAUUCUAGGCACCAAAAAUAUUCAACUCCUCUGUCCCCUUUUCUGAUCCUAAUCUUUUGUACUUUUGCUUUCUUUUGCCAACCAAAUUUUGUUUUGUUUUGUAGCUGAACUGUUGGAACAUCCUGUUUAAUUUUGCUUUCCAAUCAGCCACUUCCAAAGUGCAAAUACAUUUACAGGGGACUGCCAGCCAUUUAAACAUGUUUUGUGUAUAUUCUGAUCAAAGCUUGUGACUAUUUGCAUUGAGUACUGUCUGUUCCAUGUGCUCGGUUUCAGAAAGAAAUGGUAGCGGAAUAGUAUCCCAACAUCUUUCUUUACUUUUAUACUUGGAGUUUUUUUUCAUGGGCACAUCCAAGAUGAAUUCAACUUUCAAGAAACCUUGGAUAUUGUUUAAUCAUCUGUGGAGGAACAAAGAAUGUGCUUGAUUACUUCGGUUGAAUAGCUUUAUUCUGGAUCUCUCUUAACUAAAGCUAAAUCCAAAGACCUACGAAGGACAAAAACCAGCAAAACGUAAAGCUCAGACCGACUUACGGGAAUAGCAACCUCCUUUUUUUAAAACCCAAAAACGAAACAAAAAACAAAAAAGAGGAGAUGUGGCAAUGACAUAGCUAUGGGGGAACAAAAAUUCUGAUGUUUUUUUUCUUGCUUGUCACCAUAUUUAAGUAUUUUGUGAUUUUUAUAGAUUAUUGCUUGGCCUACUCGCUAUUUAUUAUGGGAUUUGUUUUGCUUUGUUAUUGUUUGAAAAGUUACACGGUCAUCUUCAAAGCCUUUAUUUCUUUCCUUUAUAUGUUUUGGGCUGUAAUGAGUAACACUAAUGAUCAAUCAUGAGAUUUAUUUUAGUUAGAUAGAGAACCAAGCCCAACAUCUUAGCUCUGCUUAAAUAUGUAUUCCAAGUCAAGGUCCUAUUGAUUCCAUUGGCGUCGGGACACAGUCUUGGACUUUGAACAUAGGUUUAGCUGGUGCUAAAGCUGGAGGGCCAGAAGUCUACUGAUUACCUUCUGUGAUGAUUUUGAUGACAUUCCUGAUUAUUUUGGUUGCAACCCACCUGGAUUUGGUCCUAACCACAUCCCAUUGAAAUGAAUGGAGCCGGUACCAGGGUAUAGAAGUUUGGUACCAUCACCAAGUUCAAUGGUAUGUGCAUGUGAUCAUCUCCCUCUGGGUUGUGCCUUUAAUUUGCUAGUGUUAAUUUUUGCUUAUUUAUCAAUCUUAGAAGUGUAGUGCAUCCUAGAUGCAAAUCUGAGGUUAGCACAUACAUUUAAUGUUCGGGAGAGGUAUUGGUACAGCUUCCAGAAUCUGUUACAGAAACAAGGUGAAAGAUGGCAAGUUACCAAAAAUGAUUAAAGAUGUCCCCCACCUUUCUCCCCGAACAAGGGUAUGUUUUAUAUAUUAUAAUCACUUUCAAUGGUUUAUAAAAUGAUCAGUUUUAAGUUAUUUAAGUUAAUUCCUCCUCACCUCACUAAAAAAAACCUCUCAAAACCAAAAAAAGUGAGGCUUACUUUUUAAUUAUUAUUACGGCACGUAAAAGCCUUCAUAAUAUAACUUAUUUAUUUAACUUAUUCAGCAUCUACUAAAGGUGCCCUUGUAUAGUUUAUAUUUUUUUUAUGAAAUCAGCGUAAAGCACUACAGUUUAUUUGCUGUCAGAACAACAGAGUGAUUUUUUUAUUUUUUAUUUUUGGACAAGCAAGGAAUAUUUUGUCUAAAAACCAUGCAUUCAGGAACAACAGGGGAUUUUUUUAAAAAUGAAAACCAAGACACUACAACACUUUGCCUGAACUUUGUGGCUUUUUAAAAACCUAAACCUAAGCUGGGGGGAUAAAAAUAUAAAAUAACAACAAGCAAAAAAAUAAAAUAAAUAAGUAAAUAAUUUUUAAAAAAGAGAGAAACCCUUAAAAGUAGCUGCUUCCAAGAAUGAACUUCGUGUGUGUGUAAAAAAAAAUAAAAAUAAAAAUAAAAGGAUUUAAAAAAAA